AUGGCAGGGAGUAAUCCAAAACUGAUGCAUCUCAGACUGAACUGUUUUAAAUUGGAGCCAAAUUGGGAGCACAUUUUGGAAGGGAUAGAAUAUGGAGUAUGGGAGGAGAAAGAAAAGAAGAAGAGACCGAGGAAUUUCAAAGACCAUUACAUCUACAGAGUGGAAGAAAUCGACUGUCAGAAUGGUCUUGAUUUCGAGAGAAAGAGUGAUGGAAUGAUUGGGACAGUCAUGCAUCAGUCUGACCAGAUCGAUUUCUUUGUGUGGCAUGAUAUACAAUUCUGA